UUUCACUCAGUUAGUAGCAACGAAGAGAUAGCAGAUGGCAAGCAAAAUUGUACAAGCAGGCAGCAAGAGGCCGAGAGACCCCUCUACUCAGGGUUUACAGGUCAAGUUUUUGAUAAAUAUACCUUUGAAGGUGGAUUCAGAGGUUGAGGCACAGAAAACGUGUUGCUAUCUACUCGAUCGUCUACUAAUUGAUGGCUUUAAAGAAGAGGAUAGGAAAUUUAUGAAGGAUAAGAAUGGCAAAGAGAUGCUGGAAGAUGUAGCAGUGAUUUUUGGCCUGAAUGGAAAACACACCCCAGAACUAGUUCAAAUCCUGAAGAAUCUCGAGAGCUUCAGGUACGAUUGUAAAAGCAGGUAUUCUAUAAUCACAUACACCUGGGGAAGCGGUGGAACAAUAGCAAGUGAUGCGACUGAAACGCCAUACCAGGAUAUUCGAGAGCAUCUGAAAAACAACGCUGCUGCAACAAAACUUGUGCAGGAGUUGAGGGGAAAUGAUAGAAGCUGUCUGGUUUACUUCAGUUUCGUUGAUAGCGACACUUUCAGGUUCAACUUUAUCUAUAGUGAAUACUUAAAAAUUGUGAGCAAGGAGCUGAAAAAAGAUCCACCCAUCCCGCCCACUGUUAUGUCGACUGGUUAUGAGUUCACCCAUGAGGAUAAUUAUCACAUUGCAAGUGACCUGGACCGCCAGAUUCGUACAGCCUUAGCAGAGGUCAACCCUCUCUUCGUGUAUUACCCAGAACCCAACUUCUGCGUUCUAGUGGAUGACCAAGAGAACACCAUAAAGGAAAGUUUCAUCAAGAGAGGAAGGAGCAAAGGCAAGUACAAAAUGGAGUCAUCAGUUCUGAUCAGGCAGGUCAAGGAACGUGUCAAUUUCAAAGCUGUGUUUUCCAACAAAAACCCCAUCAUCAUCCUUGCUCCAAUAAGAUUUAAGCUAAGUGGUGAAGGCCUGAAGACCAGCCAGUCAACUCUGAAUGAGAGGAAUUUGGCAAUUGGUAUAUACUGUAAUGGGGUGCUCAAAUGUAAGGAAACAUAUAAUGGGGUGAAUUUACCAAAUGACCCCCAAGUGCAAAAAGGAGUAUAUUAUAAAAACUUAAACUUUAUCAAGGACUUGUAUAAAUGUGAUGACAAGAACUUUGAAGAGCUGAGUAAAAAAAACCCGUUCACAAUCAAUGAAAGCGACGCAACAGAACUAGUCGAAGCUAUUAGAGAAGCAAGAGAAUGCAGAAAGCUUUUUGAAGAACUUAAUGAAAAGUUCAAAAACUAUUAGAUUGAAAUAUUAGGUUGGUUAGAAUCUGUUUUUAGAUUGUGCACUCAUCUGAAUCAGGAACAGCCGUAAUAAUUAGACUAUACGCUUUUGUUGGUUUGAUUGCUUCUUUUGUCCUUGUUUGUAAGUCGCUGUGGAUAAAAGUAUCUGCUAAAUGAUUAAAUGUAAAUGGCAUGCACAUAGUAUACAAAUAAAGCUAUUUUGAUGCUGUAAAGCAUUUUUAUGAAUAGCGCAUGGCUUGUUAUUCCUGAUGCAUGAGAUUACAUUUAUUUUACAUCAAAUGUUAAGUAUAUUUGAUGUGCUGAAGAAUUUAGAUAUGGUUAAUGUGUCGGGAUGGCUAAAAGAGAAUUGCUUGCAACUAAAUGUUUCCAAAACAGUAUGUAUGUUUUUUCUAAGUCAAAUAGUUUUACUAAAGAGCCGGAUGUUUAUGUGUCAGGGCUGAGGCUGCAGGUUGUGUCCCAAUAUAAAUACCUUGGAAUACUGAUUGAAUCUAAACUUACAUUUAAAGCUCAGGUUAAAAAGAUUUGUAAGCAGGUUAAAUUCAAUCUAAUUUUAGGUUUAUACGAGAUUAUAUGUCAUUUGAGGCAGCUAAAAUGUAUAUGCAUUCUAUGGUUAUUCCUCACAUGACGUACUGUUUAACAACUUGGUCUCAGGCGAGUUUAAUGACUCUAAAACUAUUAGAGUCCUUAUAUAAAUGUACACUUAAUGUUCUUGACAAGAAACCAGUACAUUUUCAUCAUUGUUCAAUACUGAAAAAGUCUAAUCUGCUGAGUUGGGAAAACAUGAUUAAGUAUGCAAAUGCAUGCUUGAUGUAUAAGAUCAUUUAUGGUUUAACUUCUCCCCCUCUUAAUCAGUUAGUCAAUGUUAGAACGACUGUUUAUCGUUCUACAAGAGGUGCAUUGAGAGGAGACUGUAUUAUACCACUUAGACUUUUCUGGUACAUUUACAGAAAUGUUUUAUUAAUGUACAAUG